AUGGAUCCUCCCCAAUCCCUGAAAUCGCACGGACAGGCUAGCACUGAAUCUCCAGAUUCUCAACAAUUGCAAAACAACAAAGCCACCGAGCUCAACCAUACUAAGCAUAUAAUCCUGGGCGAACCAGGCGCAUCACCUACACGAACUUCAAAUGCGCCCGGGGCGCCAGCACUAAGAAUUGAUACUGUUCAAUCGGAAGCGCCUCAUUCUUCCAAUCCUUCUGAAUCGGCUGAACCCAUUCCAGAAAUCACCACUGAGUCCCUGAGCCUGAAUUUGUCUCUGUCCAAAAGCCACCCCAAGUAUACGUCGUCAGCUCUGACUCUGUUUGGCUCUAGCAUACAUUCUCCAAUCCCACACAAGAUAUUCAGACCUGCUGUAGCAGCAACUCCUGAAUCCAGUAACGAUGCGCUUGUUCGCGAAGUGAAGAAAGACGCAAAUGCAAACGACACAAAUGGAAAAGACGCAAACGUGAAAAAUGCUGCUAAUUCAAGCUCUGGCGCUACUGGAAUUUCCAUAGGCUCGGCCAACUCUGCUGUUUCUUUGAAUUCCACGCCUGCCCCUAGACGAAAAUCUACCAUCACAGCCUUGAAGGUGAAAGCAGACCCAACGUUGAAGUCGUGCUUAUCCCCUACUUCCGACGCUACCAGCACUCUCAAUCUGACUCUAUCGAUGCUUCCCCAUAACGAACUGAUUUCGCUCUUGGACAAUACCCAACAUCCAUCGUUUUUGAUCAAGUCCGACAAUAUCAGCCCUAAUAAGCACGGGUUACUAGGAAUUAAUCAAAAGGGUACCGCUACACCCUCCUACGAUGACGAACAUGCUCGUUCUCACGUAUCAUAUACUCCCUUAGUGACUAGUAAUUCAGCCUCUGUAGUCUCGUCUGUGCCCGUAUCUCCUCCUAGGAACACAUCUAAGUCGCCUCCGUCACGAAUGAACUCAUUGCGGUACUCCAACCAAGACGAGAAGCGCGUGAUAGAAAGCAUGCGUCUUUCAAAUAACAGCUCUUUAGCUUCUGAAGAAAGGCAGAAAAGCUUUGGCUCUAUCUCUGGUUCCGGAAUUGGGUCUGUCUCAGGUUCAUUUUCUGAUCCUGGAGCUGGUCCAGGAGCUGCAAUCACAGAAGAAAAUGGUCCUGCUAUAACCUCAGAUGAUAACUCGCGAAAUAAUAAGUUGCAUUUGCUUAUAGGUAUCACCGGUUGUAUUUCCAUCCACAAGAACAUUUUUCUUAUGAUUGACAAGUUCUUCGAGCUCUACACUCACGAUAAGUUGGAGAUCCAGGUGAUACUCACAAAAUCGGCAGAAUGGUUUCUCACUGACAAGUUGCACAAGUUCGAACUGUUGGGUGUCAAGGUGUGGUUCAGUGGAGACGACGUUAAGUACUUCCUUUCCAGUCCAUUUCAGAAGCACGUCGCUCUUUUCCAAAACCCCAAUUCUGCCUACAGACCCAAGCUCACAUCUAAUCUCUUGAGCCAAUACAGUUUGGCCCACGAUUUACAGAAAUGGACCGAUGUUUUCUUGUUGGCCCCAUUAUCUGCGAAUACCAUGGCCAAGUUGAUUGGUGGGUUGUCAGACGAUUUUUUGACCAAUUUGUUGCAUGUUUGGCCCAUUCCACAGUCGAACCAAACUCUCGCUGUUCCCGAAGGCAAUUCGACGAUCUUGUCUAACUCCUUGGUUUGUCCUAAACCUAUUGUUGCGGCGUUAGCUCUUACCAACUCCAUGUAUUCACACCCAAUCACCAAGAAACAGUUGGUGCUAUUGCAAGAAAGCUACCCCAACAUGAGUAUCUUGAAACCGGUGGAAAAAUGUGUUGAUAUAGACGGUAAUAUUUCCAUGGGAGGAAUGCGCGCUUGGAGAGAAGUGGUGGACUUUGUUUGCAAGAAAUUGGGACAACCUCCACAAGAUGAAGACGACGAAGAUGACGAAGAUGACAACGAUGGUGACGAAGAGGAACUAGACCAGGACGAACAGGCUGAUCAAGAUGAAGAAGAUGAAGAUCAAAGCAGCUACAGUCAGACGGAAGCUGAUGGUAUCAAAACGGCAUCCUCAGAGAAAUCCAGAUCAGAAGUGAAGACGGCGCCUGUUAUUGAUUUGAAGUCUGAGCAAAAGCCCAAACUCAAAGAAGAAAAGAAGGAGCCAUCUCUUGAGAUCCACGAGGAUUUGACGUUGCAGCCAAUCAUCAGCAACAGAGACGAAAAGAGAUCUUUGUCCAAUGGUGGCCCAGAGUCCUCAACUCGGCAUAGAAGAAAUACAAUAACUAGAAAGGAACUCCAAGAACAUGAGAAGUUGGCUCUACAGAAUGCCAGACUCAAUGCCGGCUUGGGCGUUUCUCCUAUACCUGUGAAACCGCAACAAAACUAG